GCGUUACUUUGUAUACUUUAAUUUUAAAGCACUCCAGCCUACGCUCAUAAAGGCUCUCUCGGCUCCCUUACUCCUUUUUCAAACUAUUACUGGUACAUCUUCGGCCAAUUUCCGUGAUUGUUAUUUCACCAUGUCGAAUCAUCAUAUCAAUCAUUUUGAGGGAACAGAAACGACCUGCGGAUCUCUGCUAUGUGAACUUCAGAAAAUCUGGGAUGAAGUCGGAGAGUCUGAUGUUGAAAGGGAUCAGACAAUUAUGGAGAUUGAACAGGAAUGCUUGGCAGUGUAUAAGAGAAAAAUAGACGAGGCUAAAACUUCUAGAGCUCAACUUCAGAGAGUAAUUGCACUUUCUGAAUCUGAAAUUGCUGAUAUAUGUUCCUCAUUGGGUGAGCAACCUGUGAAUUGUGAUCGAAAGGCUAGUGGAAAUUUGAAGGAAAACCUUAAAGUCAUUAUUCCACAAUUGGAGGAUGUGCGCAAGAGGAUGACCGAGAGAAAGAAUCAGUUUGCUGAAGUGUUAAGUAAGUUACAGGAAAUAUCAAGCCAGAUAUACACAGAAGAAAAUAUGCACAAGAUUGUUAUGGAUGAGACUGAUUUAUCUGUGAAAAGACUCGAAGGAUUACACAAGCGGUUAGUGGAACUUCAAAUUGAGAAGAGAAACCGUUUGACGAAGGUAGAGGACCUCCUCAGCAAUUUAAACUCUUUAUGUUUGGUGCUUGGUGUGGAUUUCAAGGACACCAUUUGUAAAGUUCACCCCUCAUUGGAUGACUCCACCGCAACAAAAGAUGUAACAAACUCUACGAUUGAGAAGUUGGCAGCGAAAAUUCGAAAUUUUCAAGAUGUCAAAAUACGGAGAAUGCUAAAGCUUCAAGAUCUUGCAGCAUCCUUGGUGGAAUUAUGGAGUUUGAUGGAUACACCGGUAGGGGAGCAGCAGAUGUUUGAACAUGUCACCAAAAAUAUCGCUGCUUCAGAUAAUGAAAUUACUGAGCCUAACCUGCUUUCCAUGAAGAACAUUAAAUAUGUUGAGGGGGAAGUAUCAAGGCUUGAGCAGCUCAAAUUGACUAAACUGAAUGAACUUGUUCUGAAAAAGAGAUCUGAACUAGAGGAGAUAUGCAAGAAGACGCACAUGAUCACGGAAGUACUUGGAGAUUCUUCAAUUAAAGCUAUAGAGUCAGGCUCUGUGGAACCCAUGUAUGUUUUGGAACAACUUGAACUCCAAAUUGACAAUGUUAAAGCAGAAGCUUUUAGCCGGAAAGAAAUACUAGAUAAGGUUGAGAAGUGGGUUGCUGCACGAGAAGAAGAAUGCUGGCUUGAAGAGUACAACAGGGAUGAUAAUCGUUACAAUGCCGGAAGAGGUUCACAUCUUACCUUGAAACGUGCUGAGAGGGCUCGUGCACUUGUAAACAAAAUCCCUGCGAUGCUGGAAUCAUUGACCUCAAAAGUCACAGCCUGGGAGAAGGAAAGAGACACUCAAUUCUUAUAUGAUGGUGUACGACUUCUUUCGAUGCUUGAGGAGUACACUCAGCUGAGGCAAGAGAAGGAGCAAGAAAGGCAAAGACAAAGGGAUCAAAAGAAACUUAAGGGACAAUCAAUAGCAGAUAAGGAAGCACUUUAUGGGUCUAAACUCAGUCCAUCAAAGAGUGGAAUGAAGACUUCCAGAACUUUAUCAGGAACAAGUAAUAGGAAACUCUCCCUUGGUGGGGAAAUGCUUCACAACUUAAAAUCCGAAAAGGCUUCAGUUCGUGUGCAUUCAAAUAAGAAGUUUGAGUGUUUGAAUAGGAACAGUCCCCUUUUAAAUCACCAGCAAUCUGGAGGUUUUGCAGUUUGUUCUGGUAGGAGAACUUCGGAGAUUGCUGGUCAUUUAGUAAAGAAGCCCUCCUCAGGGGCUGCAAAGGCACCUGAAGUUGAGUCACAAUUGGUUCGAAAGCCACUCUCUCCAAUUCCUUUGGCAAUUUCCUCAAAGGCCAACAUUGCAAACUUCUUGGAAGAUCAUAAACGAACCCAGAACGAGACAUUACAAAAACCACUUGCUGGUAGCAAGACUUUGGCGGUGACACCAUCCAAAUCAACUUGGAUUUGCAACGAAGAGAACAAAACACCAAGGACUAACCCAAUUCCGGUGUCAACAACUGCUUCAACAAUAACUGUUCCUAUGCUUAUGGCCAUGACACCAACCACACCUUCUGUUUCUUUUGGUGCUAAAGCAGUCAAAAAGAUAGUAGAGAAUGUUGAAUUCUCCUUUGAAGAGGUAAGAGCUGGAUUUAAUAUUUGCCCUUAACUAAAUACUACCAUUUUACUAAAUUGCUUUCUCCUGGAUCUUACUGUUGCCUAGAAAGUCAAUUCUGAUUGGCUUGAACAGACAAAAGUCUAACUGUUUGUUGUUCUAAAAGUCAACAUUUCCUACCUAAGCAAAUCGUGCAUGUUUAUUUGGUUUCAUUUUGCCAGACCUUAUAAUGAUGAUCUGUUUGGGAAUUUUGGCCA